CCCCCGGUCGUCGUCCAGCUGCAGGUCACCUGACGGCAGGCGGUUUUGAGGGCGCAUUAAUCGAGCGCACCCUCAGCAGAGGAAACGGGGUGCAGGGCUCCCUCCGGUCCCGGUAACGGCUUGAUGUACCGCCGUAUCGCUGCAGCCACGAUGGCGCACGUUAACGUGAGAGCGACCGGAACUAACGGAACCGUCGCGUGACGGGAAGCUGCUGUUUAGGUUAGCUUUCUCCAAGCUAGCUAGCUAGCUAGCAGCCUUUUUGAACGGUUAACAGGUCCAAGUUCCGGUGAAUCUGCACCGGGACGGCCUCACGGGACUAACGGAGCCGGGAACUGGAUGUGACUGCACGUUAAAUAGUUAGGUAGCAUCAGGCCUAAGUGUUGGAACACUUCCUUCCUUCCUCGCCUCCUUUCCUCGUUCCCUCAUCGCUGCCUUCUGGUCCUCUAUGGUCACAAUGGAGUCCGCGCUGAACCCGCUGCCUCAGUUCUCAGAGAACUCCUAUAAAAUGACUGAAGAGGACGUGAAGAGGCUGAUUGAGUUCAGGGCGUCCAACGAGGCUCUGUUCACGGGCAAGAGGAACUCAGCCAAGAUAGCCUGGAGCACCAUCCUAAAGGGCCUCGGUCUGGAGGGGAAGCUCACAGCAGACCAGAUCGCCAAGAAGUGGGACAACCUGCGGACGAAGUACAAGGACCUGAAGCAGCCCUACCAGGGCCAGGACAACAUCGGGGGGGUCGUGGAGUCGUGGCCCUGGUUCCACAUCAUGGACGAAGCCAUGCACGGCCGUCUCUACAACGCCAACCUGGUGCUGAGCCCGGAGAGCGGCGGCCACCGCUGCGGCGGCCAGUCCAACCACCACCACCACCACCACCACCACCAGGAGAGCACCGACAUCCUGGAGUUCCUCAUCAAGACGGAGAUGGAGGACACGGUGGCGCAGGAGGCCGACGGGGCGGUCCGCGGCGGCGCUCCUCCUGCCGAGGGGGUCCCCAUGGGCUGGAGGCGGAUGAGCGAGUGCUCCUAUAAAAUGACCGAGACGGAGACCGAGAGGAUGAUCAAACUCAGAGCCGCCAACGAAGCGCUCUUCACCGGCAGGAAGCAUUCAGCCAAACCGGCCUGGAGAGCCAUCCUGUACGAGCUGGGUCUGCAGGGGAAGCUGACCACAGACCAGCUGGCAAAGAAGUGGGACAACCUGAAGAGGAGAUACAAGGAGCUGAAGUUUCCUGCUCGCGGCGUGGAGACCAACCCGAGCUCCUGGCCGUGGUUCUACCGGAUGAACGACGCCAUGGAGGGCCGCUUCACCGGGGCGGCGCCCGUCCUCACGCCCAUCGUGGAGGACGAGGACGAGGACUGCGAGCCGCUGUCGCCGACGCCCAAGAAACGAGCCCGCCGCAGCCGGGGGGGGAUGGCCGAGUUCCUGACGGAGUCCGAGAUGGACCUGCUGGUCGACCACGAGGACAAGAACGGGUCGGCGUCUCUGGGAGACCUGCAGCGCAUGGCCGAGUUCACCUACAAACUGACAGAAGAAGACACCCGGCGACUAAUUGAGCUACGAGCCGCCAACGAGUCUCUGUUCACGGGGAGGAGGAACACGGCCAAGCCGGCCUGGAGGGGGAUCGUGAAGGAGUUGGGUCUGACGGGGAAGAUCACGCCCGACCAGGUGGCCAAGAAGUGGGACAACCUGAAGACCAAGUUUAAGGACCUGAAGUUCCCUCCUCGGGGCAUGGAGGCCCAGACCAACCCGGCCUCCUGGCCCUGGUUCCAGCUGAUGAGCGACGCCCUGGAAGGCCGUCUGCUGGGCAAAGCCCCCCGAGUGACGCCGGUCUGGAGCAGCGAGGAGGACGGCGUCUUCGUCUCGUCGCCGCCCCCCGACAGAGACUGCCUCCUGGUGGAGAGGAGCGGCGUGUCGGAGCUGGAGAACAUGGAGAACAUGGAGAACCUGGUGGAGGCCGACGGCAACGUGACCUACAUCGACGCCAGCGGAGAGGAGUGUUCCACGCCCUCUGACCUCUCGUAUAAAAUGACGGACCAGGACACCCGCAGGAUGAUCCACCUGAGGGCCGCCAACGAGGCGCUCUUCACGGGGCGCAGGAACGCUGCCAAGGCGGCCUGGAAAGCCAUCCUGAAGGAGCUCGGCCUGCAGGGGAAGGUCUCCACCUACCAGAUGGCAAAGAAAUGGGACAACCUGAAGAGGAGGUACAAGGACCUGAAGUAUCCUCCUGUUGGGAUGGAGAACGUGGCUGACAGCACCUCCUCGUGGCCGUGGUUCAGCCUGAUGAAUGAAGCCAUGGAGGGCCGCCUGACGGCGAGCGCCCCCCUCCUCGCCCCCGUCACCCAGGAGGAGGAGCAGCACCCCUCCCCCGCCCCCAUACACAGGUCCAGGCCCGCCCCUCCCCCCCCCACCUCCUCCUCCUCGGACUACGGACACGAGGCCUUCGGCGGCGAGCAGGUCCAGCGUGGCGGCUCGGACUGCGAGGGCCCUCUGGGGGGUCUGGAGCGCGAGUGGGCGGCGCUGGAGCGCGAGCGGGCGGCGCUGCAGGCGGAGCGUCUUUGGCUGGAGAGCGAGCGGGCGGCGCUGGAGCAGGACCGGGCCACGCUGGGCCGGGACCGGGAGGUGCUGGACCAGAGGGCCCUGAUGCUGAACUCGGUGGGUCACACCGGACACCUCAACGCCCUCAUGUAGACCAGCGCUCUCCUGGGGGACGGGGACCGCCCCCUUACAGACGUCCUGGUCCGUGGUGGACCUCGCCGACGGACCGCAGAGGAGGUGUGGACCUGGACACCCGCUGUGAAGAGAUGUGGUCCGGCUCCACGCAGAGCUGGUCCUGGUUUCAACAGGAGAGCUGCACAAAGAACUAGACCUGGUCCUCCUCCAGUGGUUUACGGUACGAUGGGAGUUCCUCAGUUUCUGAGUGGAACCGAUCCGCUGGUCCACGUAGAGAACCGGUCCGCCCUCCUACGGGGACCUGAUGGACCCUGUUAUGGUUCUGCAGCGUCACAGGAAACGCAUCACAAGCCGCUCGCUGAUCUUCUGAUGGUGCAGCUCCUCCCGUUGAGACCAGGGUCACCAGUAGACCAGCACGGGGGGUAGACCACUUUGGGCCGACGGCACCGAGCUGAGGAGGCGGAGCUAGAUUCAUAAACAAACUGCAAUGUGCAUUCGAGCGUUCAUUUGGGCUCCGCCCAUCUGUUUUGUAUUUAUUUCCGAGACGUUCUUUUGUAUGUUUUUAAUUUAAGAGCUCCUCUCGUGACAUCACUUCCUGCUGACUGGCUGACUGGCUGCUCU